AUGAAGUCCAAAUUCAUCGUUGCCUUACUCUUUGCCUUUGUGCUUUCAACUGCUGUGGUUAUGGCAGGUGGAGUACUGAAGAAGAAGGACGAUUCUCCCAAGAAUGUUGAUUCCUAUGCUGAUCAUCAAAAAUUCUGUUACAGAAAGUGUGUCAGAUACACCAGUAUCAAGGGAAAGUGUUCAGAUUUUGAAUGGGUAGGAACCAAGAAGGAAUGUUGCGAUUGGAAGAAGGUCGGUGGCGGAAAAUGUAUUCGUUACAAGAGAUUUAGCAAGUGUGUGAAACAUUCCAAAUCAAGAAAACUCUGCUUGGGACAUGGUUAUAAACAAGUCUGUGACAAGUACAAGAAUGAAAAGUAUUGCGUGAAAUACCAAUGGAAGCAUUCUUGUAAGAAGGGUACUAAUCAUGCUUGUGAUCAAUAUGCUUAUCACUUCAUUUGUACCAAAUACGAUCAUUCACACAUUUGUGCCAAGUACAUUAAGGUUCCAAAGACUGCUUACUACUUUAAGCAAAGAUGUGCUCAAUACAAAGUCAAUGCCAAGUGUGAUUCUUACAGACAAGUUUGUAAAUGCCAAAAGAAAUGGAAGAAGGUUACCAAGAAGCACUACAAGGGAUGGACUGAUACUUACUACACUGCUUUCUGUGUCAAGAAAUGUCACAGCAUUUGUAACAGAGUGGUCAAGACCAAGAAGUGUGUCAGAUAUCAACCAGUCAAAUUCAGCAAGAAGAAGGGUUACACUAAGAAGUGUGUUAAAUUCGUCGAUAGAAAGUUCUGUGUUGCUCAAAAGAAGGCUCGUUUCUGUACCAGGUGGGUUAAGAAUCAUUUCUGUCAAUUCAAGAAGAGAGUUAGAGUCUGUAUCAAACACAAGCAUCGUAGAUUCUGUGCUGCCUACAAGUCAGUUCCAUUCUGUACUCAAUAUCACAAGACCAAGCCACACUGUAUUAAGAGAAAGCACUGGAGAAAGUGUGUUGAAAAGUCCAAGCCAGUCAAUGUCUGUAAGAAGUAUCAAUUCGUUGGUGGUACUAAGAAGUGUGUCAAGCAUGGAUUGGUAACCAAGUGCGCCAAGCAUAAGACUAUUUGUACCAAGGUUGAUAUCUACAAGCCAGAUCAUAAGAAGAAGAAGCACAAGAAGCAUCAUAAGAAGCAUCACAAGAAGGAUAAGAAGUAUUAG